AUGACCCUCAAAUACUUAAUCACAGGCGCAACCGGCGGUCUCGGUGGCGGCGUCCUCCAACAGAUCGCGAAGCAUGCGCCCAAAUCAGACUAUGCAGCCAGCUCAUCUCGCCCAGAGGUUGCAGAGCAGUUCGAGAGAUCAGGCAUCCAGUUCCGCCACGCCGACUACCAGGACCGGGCUUCGCUGGAAAAGGGGUUUGCUGGAGUUGAGAAGCUGCUGUUUGUGUCUGCAAACACCUAUGACAAUGAGGCGAGGAACCAGCAACACAGGAACGUGAUUGAAGCGGCUAAGUCCGCCGGCGUUGGUCAUGUAUUCUACACAUCGCUCGCUUGGGGAGGCCAUUCUUCCGACUCGAAAAUCGACGUGCAACAAGCGCAUUACGUCUGCGAAGCAAUGCUGAAAGAAUCUGGGAUCACAUACACGUCUGUUCGAGAGGGCAUAUAUGCUGAAGCUUUCCCCCUUUUCUUGAAUUACUAUCCUUCAUCCCAGAUCCUGCGUCUGCCAGCCGAUGAAGCUACCGCAAAUCUGAUGAUGAGAGGUGGCCACAAAAAAGAGAUUGUCUUGCUGACAGGGGCGAAAGCCGUCACUUUGGCAGAUUUGGUGGAGAUAAUCAACUAUGUCACCGGCAGAGGGAUUGCUGUCGAAAAAGUGCCGUUUGACAAGUACACAAGGGAAAGCGCGGAAAAUGACGAAGGUGGCAAGUCGGAAUGGUGGUUCGAGAAGAGACUAUCGUGGUAUGACAAGGUUGCAAAGGGCGACGGAAAGACAGUGGACCCUUUGAUGGAGCAUCUGCUGGGUAGAAAGCCCAAGGAUGGCACAGAAGUCGUGAGAGGGAUCCUCGCUGCUGACCCAAUUUACACGUGGCAUCAGAAUUAG